UUAUCCUGUGAUAGGCGGAAUCAACAUUAUAUUAGCAGGAUCAUUCUUCGGCAUUAUCUUCUCAAACCUUAGCUAUGUUAACCUUAAUUCAACCCGAAAUGUUAUCGUCAUUGGAAUGGCGCUUGUCCUUGGUCUCAUGAUACCGCAUUGGGCAAAACAAAACAUGGAUAAAUUUGAAACAGGUAUACAACAGAUAACUUCCCUGGUGCAAAUACUGAUGACAAACGCAAACUUCAUUGGCGGGUUUGUGGCAUGCUUACUCGAUAACACAUUACCGGGUACCCGCAAAGAUCGAGGAAUGCUGACAUGGAUGGGCGUGGGAAGUGACGAGCAAGUUAGAUCCUCGGUCUAUAUGGAGAGCACAGAAGUGUACGACAUACCGUUCAUCACAGACAUUCUCAGGAAGUUUAAAAUAGCAAAAUACAUACCAAUAUCUCCAACUUUCCACCGGAAAUAAUAAAUUGGGUUAUAUAGAACGAGCACGUCAUGUUAGUGGUAUGUGUAAGCGUACAAACGUGUUUUACUGGAGAGCACGAGUCACGGGAUAGAUUCAAAGUUACAGUAAGAUACAAGUGGCCAUCGAUAUUUGAACUGCAAGGUGUACAUAUUUUAAUCAAACAGUUAAACACGUAGGCUUUUACCUAUUUCAAUUCAAUUCAAAUCUGUUAUUAUCGUAAGCAAUAAAGCUUAUUGGUAUUACAUUACAUGUAUUACGCACAUUACAAUGUCAUACAAAGUCAAGUUCAAGCCAUACACUAUUAGGUUUAUUCACUCAUCUCAUAGACAAGAGGUGUGACAAAGCUUUACACACACAAAAAAAUCCAAAAUUAA